AUGAAUAAGAUUCUGGCUGACACAUUUCUGAGCAGUCUCCGUCAUGAAAAAACACAAGAUGUGGAAGCAACCAGCAAGCUUCUCGAUGCCUUACCGCUGCCCAAACUGGUUGAAGCAGGGUAUGCAAUAACUAACUUGAAAUUGGAAAAUCUGAGAACUGGAUUGGCCGGUAAAAUAUACGCGGAACUGGGUCCAGAUCAUGCAGUAGGUACAGAAAUCAGUCAGAGUGACAUUAAGAGUGGUGACCUAGUCUUUGUAAGGCCAAACGGUGCAUCGAAUAAAUCAUCAGCCAAACGAAAUAGCAAAAGGAGCAAUGGAAAUAAGAAAAUUGAGAAUAAUGAUCGAGAUGAUGUUCAAAUUACAGGGGUCGUCUUUAAAAUAACUGAUAAGCAGAUAUCUAUAGCCAUUGAGGAAAGUCAAGAAGAUGCAGCAUCUAAACUGUAUUUAUUUCACAGGUUAUACAUCUUAAAGACUACAAACACAAUUACUUAUCAGCGAAUGGAAUCUACUAUGCGUCGACUGGCGGAAUUUGAGUCGAUUCCUAAUAAUCCAAUUAUGCAGUAUUUAUUGAAUGAUAGACCCUUCAAUCCCCAGCCGCCAGCAGCAGAUGUCGCUUUUCACAACGGAUCAUUGAAUGGCCCCCAACGUGAUGCCGUCCGUUUUUCAUUGAGCAAUGACAUCAGCAUUAUACAUGGGCCUCCUGGCACUGGUAAAACAUUCACUUUGGUCGAACUGAUUCAACAGCUUUGCGGUAAGGGGCAACGUGUUCUUGUUUGUGGACCAUCCAAUAUGGCAGUUGACACCAUACUUGGGAGACUUGCCAAAAUUUUGCCAGGCAAUAUGCUCUUGCGAAUUGGACAUCCAGCACGCCUCCUCAGUUCAAAUUUAGCGCAUUCUUUGGACAUAUUGAGCAAAAGCGGUUCCAGAGGCUCUAUAGUCAAAGAGAUAAUUAGUGAAAUUGAUAGUAAAAUCGCAAAUAUAAGGAAAAUGAAGUCAUACAAAGAUCGAAAACAAGGAUGGCAAGAGGUAAAAGAUCUCAGAAAGGAACUUAGACAGAGAGAAAGAAAGGCCGUCACCGAUCUGAUAUUGGAAGCCAGGGUGAUUGUCGCGACAUUGCACGGAUCGAGUAGCAGAGAGCUAUGUUCGUUAUACAACCAAAUUCCGAAAUUAUUUGAUGUCCUUAUCAUCGAUGAAGUUUCACAAAGUCUCGAACCUCAAUGUUGGAUACCGCUAAUCUCUCAUUAUAAAUCUGAUUUUACCAAGCUGGUGCUUGCAGGAGAUAAUAAACAGUUGCCUCCAACAAUAAAAACCGAGGAUGACAAAAAGGUCAAGUCAGUCCUAAACAAAACGCUCUUUGACAGAUUGGUAGACUUAUAUGGAGACAGUUUCAAAUGUCUGUUAACUCUGCAGUAUAGAAUGAACCAGCAGAUUAUGACCUUUCCUUCCCAAGCCAUGUAUGAUGGAGAACUAUUAGCAGAUAUAUCCGUUGCGGGAAAGACAUUGUCCGAUUUGAGGGGAAUAUCCUUCUACUCAGAUAAGGACGGUGAAGCGCCCUUGAUAUGGUACGAUACCCAAGGUGACGAUUUCCCCGAAAGCGCAGGUGAAGAUGAUGCUCUAAUAUCUUCAAAAUAUAACGAAAAUGAGGCAUAUCUUGUAAAAUAUCACGUAGAUAAAUUGAUUGAUUGUGAAGUUUCGCCAGAACAAAUCGGCGUAAUUGCUCCUUACAGUGCACAGGUGUCUCUUUUGAGAAAAAUCAUCAAUGAAGAGAUAUCAGGCAUUGAAAUCUCAACUGUUGAUGGAUUCCAAGGCAGAGAAAAAGAGGUGAUUAUUCUUUCUCUUGUGAGAAGUAACGAUAAAUUUGAAGUCGGGUUUCUAAAGGAGAAGAGAAGGCUAAAUGUAGCAAUGACAAGGCCUAAGAAACAACUAUGUGUUAUCGGAAAUAUUGAAACGUUGCAAAGAAGUAAAGAUCCCUUUUUGGUUAAAUGGUCCAGAUGGUGCGAAGAUAACGCUGAUAUCAGAUAUCCUGAUAUAAGUGACAUUCUAUAA